AGUUUAUGAAUUGCUUGGUGGUCGUUUUCCAUCAGAUCAAGUACUGCCAAAUUUAAAAAUUCCCGUACUAAUUCUAAAUGGUGGCAUGGAUAGAUUUUGCAAUGAUCCGAAAUAUUUCUCAACUGUCAUUUCUAAUUGCAAACUUGAUAAUCAUUUCCUUGGUGGUCAUGAUUUUCAUAUAAAAUAUCCACGAUGGUUUGCAGAUCGUGUUUCGGCAUUCCUUAAAGAUCCUGAAAAAUCUCGUCCAGUAAAUUAA